AUACCUUUAAAAGCGGUAGACUCCUCCAAGGAAGGCAUCAGUCUCUGGCGUCUGCUCCCCUGAACAAGUCCAUUUACACACCAACAUGAAGCUGACCAUUUUCAUCGUCGCGAGCAUCCUGCUCAUCAGCUUCGCCGAUCUGGGCACUGGAUGCAAGACCCCAAACAACAAGCCCCCAAAAGGCAAGCCCCCAACCAAUCCCUGCGACUUGUGCGGCUUAUGCGGUCCCGGUGGAACCGCCUGCCAGGGAUGCAAAGGAAGGGACGGUCUCUGCCAGGAGCUGCUCGACAAUGUGCGCGUCCUUGAACGCAAGAUCCGCCAGUGCGUGUGCGGGGAAAAGUCGUGGUUGCUGUAAAGUGGAUCCCUCAGCCUCCUACUCCUACUUCCUGUUGUGACCCCUGCCUGGACUA